AUGCCUAUGGUUCUAAAUCCACUAAACAAAGAUGUCAGAAAAAGGAAGAGGGCAAUCACUGCCCGCCGGCAGCAUCUGAAGAGUGUUAUGCUCCAGAUUGCUGCUACUCUCCUAGAGAAAGAAACAGCAGCUAAAGAGGCAGAAAAGGCCAAUUACCUUGCCGAGCACUGUCCUCCUUUGUCACUCCCGCACUCCAUGCAGGAGUUGCAGGAGGUAUGCAAAAAGCUUCAUGCGAAGAUAGAGGUGGUGGAUGAGGAAAGAUAUGACACUGAGGCUAAAUUACAGAAAACCACCAAAGAGCUUGAAGACUUGAGCCAGAAACUGUUUGACCUGAGGGGCAAGUUCAAGAGGCCACCCCUGCGUAGGGUCCGCAUGUCUGCUGACGCUAUGCUGCGUGCCCUGCUGGGCUCCAAACACAAAGUCUGCAUGGACCUUCGAGCUAACCUGAAGCAGGUCAAGAAGGAGGACACUGAGAAGGAGAAGGAUCUGCGUGACGUGGGUGACUGGAGGAAGAACAUCGAGGAGAAGUCUGGCAUGGAGGGCAGGAAGAAGAUGUUUGAGACUAGUGAAUCCUAAAUCUCAUGCAGCUGUUCACUGUAAUCCUGGUAUUUCCUAGUCAAUUUCCAAAUGUUUCCUCCUCCAUCCCUCCUGCCACCUAUUUUUCAAACCAGCUCUCUAGCAGCGUUGUUUAGGGCUAAACUUCCUGAGCCCAGGGUCACAUUUCACAAAGCAAUCCAAGACACAAGACCUACUUUCAGCCCCACUCCCUACUGUUGCUAUGGAAACAACUAUUUUAAAUCAUGCAAUGUCUUAACUACAUUUUGAAACAAUGCUAGUGGCAUGAACUGAAAUCAAAUGCAGUUUAACCCUGUAAUUUGGUAGGAUCUGGUGUUUCAAAGGCAUCUUAACUGUGUAAAUAAAGCUUUGAAAGUAUGGUUGAAAUUUUAGCCUUGGAGACCAAGGCAUAAAUGUA